AUGCCAGACCAUCUUGGAGAUGAUAUGAGAAAAACAAAGAAAGGUGAAAAGGAAGAAGAGGAGAAGGUUUUCCAAGGUAAAAUAGGUUCAAAGUUUUCUGUUCUCAAAAUUGUUGUUUUUCAGCACUUGAUGAAGGUGAUAUUGCUGUAUUGAAGAGAUAUGGACAAGGACCAUACGCAGAACAAUUGAAACAAUUGGAAACUGACAUCGAAGCUUGUUUGAAAAAAGUCAAUGAGUUGUCUGGAGUAAAAGAGUCUGACACUGGAUUGGCUCCACCAGCUUUGUGGGAUAUUGCAGCUGAUAAACAAGCAAUGCAACAAGAACAACCACUUCAAGUCGCAAGAUGCACCAAAAUUAUUACGAGUGAUAAACAUGAUCCAAGAUAUUUGAUCAAUGUUAAACAAUUCGCCAAGUUUGUUGUUGAUUUGGCUGAUUCAGUUGCUCCAACUGAUAUUGAAGAAGGAAUGCGUGUUGGUGUUGAUCGAAACAAGUAUCAGAUUCAUUUACCAUUACCAGCAAAAAUUGAUCCAACUGUCACAAUGAUGCAAGUCGAAGAAAAACCAGAUGUAACAUAUUCCGAUGUUGGAGGAUGUAAAGAUCAAAUUGAAAAACUUCGUGAAGUCGUCGAAACACCACUUCUUCAUCCAGAAAGAUAUGUUAAUUUGGGUAUCGAACCACCAAAGGGUGUUUUGCUUUAUGGUCCACCAGGAACCGGUAAAACUUUAUGCGCGAGAGCUGUUGCCAACAGAACCGAUGCUUGUUUUAUUCGUGUAAUUGGUAGUGAACUUGUUCAAAAAUAUGUUGGAGAAGGAGCCAGAAUGGUGAGAGAAUUAUUCGAAAUGGCUAGAACCAAAAAAGCUUGCUUGAUUUUCUUCGAUGAAAUUGAUGCUGUUGGAGGAGCAAGAUUUGAUGAUGGACAAGGAGGAGAUAAUGAAGUACAACGUACUAUGCUUGAAUUGAUUAAUCAACUUGAUGGUUUUGAUCCAAGAGGAAAUAUUAAAGUGAGUUGCUUUUAUAUUGAGAGCUGGGUUAAAUUAAAUCACAUUUUUCAGGUUCUUAUGGCUACUAAUCGUCCAGAUACUUUGGAUCCCGCUUUGAUGAGACCUGGUCGUCUUGACAGAAAAGUCGAAUUCGCUUUACCGGAUUUAGCUGGUCGUGCUCAUAUUCUCAAAAUUCAUGCAAAACAAAUGAGUGUUGAACGUGAUAUUCGUUAUGAUUUAUUAGCCAGAUUGUGUCCAAACAGUACCGGUAAGUUAUUGUUGAAACAAAAACAAGAAAAUGAUGGGGAAAGGAUCUCAAAGUUAAGAAAAAAAAAUAGAAAUUAUUUCAAACAUUAAGCUCUAAAAUGUUCACGGGAUUUUUUUCUGAAAAUUUACUGACUUUUGAUCGAAAUCAUUUUUUCUUUGAGAAAUGCUUCUGGAAUAACCCUCGACAAAAUUAAAUUCUCAAAAAUCCCCGUUUUCCAGGUGCCGAAAUUCGAUCAGUUUGCACAGAAGCUGGAAUGUUUGCAAUUCGUGCUCGCCGAAAGGUUGCCACCGAAAAAGAUUUCCUUGAAGCCAUCAAUAAAGUCGUCAAAGGAUACGCCAAAUUCAGUGCAACUCCAAGAUAUUUGACACACAAUUAA